AUGCCAUUUAUCGGCUGUUUCAGUAGUGGACCAGUCUCACCACAGCCUUUGAAGGAGCGUGUUAUUGAUAUCCAAACAGUACCAGCUCGGGCUCCAUCUCCUCCUGCUCGCCGUCAUUUUCUAUCUACUGGAAAUCUAAAUAUUCCAAAUAUUGAUGAGCCUACCUCGUCAUCUCUAGCUGAUAACUGCUAUGAUGAUUACGAUAAUCAUAGUUAUUCCUCUUCCGAUACAAGACGACCAGCACGGACAUUGAUUCUUCCUUCUUCCGUUCCAGGACGAAGCAUUGAAAUUCCUCUUGGCUCUUCUAAUUAUGAUUCUGUUCCUCCUCCACUUCCACGAGAACACAGUAUCAGCAAAGAAAGAAAACCGGAUUCUUCAGCUGCAUCUCAACUGGAGAAACUAAGUCAACGAUUGAAGAAGCUCGCUCAGCCAUUCAAGCAUUCUUCCAAUCAUCAUGAUGAUUACAUUAAAACAGCAUCAAUGCCCAACCUACUGCAAAAGGAGAAGCGGGUAGAAAGUCCAACAAAUAGCAGCGGAAUCGGAGCUGAUAUAAUGGAUACAACAGAUAGCAGCAAUUCGAGCGAAGAACAAAAGCGAACAUCGGAUUUAUCUUCGUUAUCUGACCAAAACAGCCUGUUAUCGGAUAUUGCUGCUGAUGACACAAGAAAUUCCACAGUUAAUAACCUCAAACAACCAUAUUUGAAUCGAUUAGCUAGAGAGAAGUCUCCGUCAACGAGUGUUUUACAAACGGUUUUGGAUCAGAUUGGAAGGGAGAACAAACCGAAGAUUCCGAUUCUGUCAACUUUUGCUGGCAGCAGAAAUUCUGAUCCACUUUCGGGCAUUCUAAUAGACGAAGACAUCUAUCGUUCAACUAUGCCGAAAUGGGCUCGACCUCAAAACGAACCAGUAGUCAAUCCAUUAAAUGAUUCUAAACUUUACAACAAUAGUGAUAUGGAGAGUGAAAUCCAAAAUCGAAAACGGGUUAUUUGUAACAAGAUGGCAGAUGCCUUGAAGUUGAUUGAAAACGGUGUUGAGCAGAUCAAGAAGGCAACCGCUGCUCAAAGAUGGCGUGGAGCUCAUAUUCUUCAAGCCAAUUUGAACUCUCUACAGAAUGCUGUAUCCACCAUUAAUGAGUCGCUAGAUAGUUUCGUUGUUAGCAGUGGGAGAAUAUCGGUAGAAAACGGUUCUCCUAAAUCAGCAGAACUUCAAAGACUACUGGCUCCCCUUCUUCAAUCUCGGAGUCAAAUUGCUUCUCUUCGUAAAUCUCUAGAUUCCACUGGCUGGACUGUAGCCGCUCUGUCUCGUGGAAAGGAUCACAUUAAUACAAUGGAUCCUCUCGAACAGUUUAUUUCACUUUCUCAAGAAAUUCCAACAGCAUGUCGUUCAUUACUUCAAUGGGUUCAACUGCUUGUUCCAUCAAACACUGUUGUUUUCCUUAGUCCAUCGGCGAUCGUGUCGAACAGCGCAUUAACAGCCCUGACUAGUAUGUCCCAAAAUCCAGCUUACAAUACACGAACGGAAGAUUUGAAGAAUCCAAAUUUCUUGAAAAUGGAAGAGAGACUGAAAGGAUCUGUUCCAAACAUUCACGAAAUCAAAACCAUCCCAAUCACUCACGCACUGUCGUCCAUCGACAUUCUGUCUGAUCAGAUUCCUUCUGUACCGUCUAUGAAUAUUUUACCCUCAAGCUUGCCAUCCUCUGUGAAAUCUGCUUCUUCGAGUUCCAAUAGUAGUACUUCUGAAUAUGCUACGAUUGGUCCGAAAAAACAAAACGCCAAUCCUCUUAAAGACGCUCGUAUUCUGGAAGAAGAUGACUUAGAAUCUGUGUACAGUGAUAGAGAGAGUCUACUCCAGGAUUACGCUUAUUUGGAUGAUGCUGUUGCUGGUCGUACGAACAACUCAACUUCACCGUUCAUCAAUGAAGAAGAUCGUCAGCUAGUCAGAUUCUAUGCUCCUCAGAUAAAGCAACAUAUCGAUGCUUUGGGUGAUGCCAUAGAAGCCUUCUUAGCAGCAGUCGAGAACAGUUUGCCUCCAAGAGAAUUCGUUCAAAAAGGAAAAUUAAUCAUUCUGACUGUUCAUAAACUAAUUUAUAUUGGAGAUACCAUCUCCCAAUGUGUGAAGGACAAAGUUAUCAAUGAGAACAUGAGAACCUGUGCAGACCGUCUCUGUGAGCUGUUGAAGCAGUGUGUGCGAGCAACUAAGAUUGCUGCUGACGAGUAUCCUGAUAUCAGGUGUAUGCAGACGAUGGUAGAUAGCAUAAUAAAUGUCUCAAAGUCUGCUCAUGAUCUUAAAGCUAUGGCCAAUAAUUAUUGCUGA